CGUUAUCAUGACACAUCUUCAACCUAAGGAAAAGCUUCCUCUCUGUAUGAGCGUUUUAUUUGUUAACCUUGGAGUAAGGGUGACCCCGUUUGUCGCUGUUUGAGAAGUAAGCAGCUCCUUGUCUUGUCAGGCAGAUAGUGUCUACCAAUUAAUGUGUCAUAAGUUGUCUGGAGCUUCCUUAGACACGCUGGAGCUCGCUGAGAGAGAAAGCUUUACGAGCUAGUCGCAGCUAGCGCAGCUAAGUGAGGAGACCCGUAACGUCGGGGUGCUACAUUCACCAAAAACAGCCGCUGACAGAAAGAAAUGCUGACUUCACAUCUAUGGCGUUAUGACAGAGCGUAAGAACAAAAGCAGGUCUGCAGGAAUACCAGCGUGAGUUUACAGGCCACAGGCAAGGAUGAGCGGAUCCCUCCCGUGGUUUCCCAUGAAUCUUGCCUGGAGUGGGAGCGUGUUGUGAAAGGAGAGCAGUGGGAAGACCACACGUGGACGAUCAGCAGCAGUCAUGAAUCUCCAUCAAGUCCUUACAGGGGCCGUUAACCCCGGGGACAAUUGCUUCUCUGUUGGGAGUGUCAACAAUGUGCCUUUCACGGCUUAUGCGUCAGGUUGUGACGUGGUGGUUUUAGGAAGUAAUUUUGAGCGGCUGCAGAUCAUCCCGGGGGCCAAACAUGGGAAUAUCCAGGUCGGUUGUGUCAACUGCUCACAACGAGGUGGACAGAUUGCAGCUUCCUAUGGAAGCAUUGUUUGUGUCUUUGAGCCAGUUCACCUCCCAGAUCAAAAGUACGCCUCAUCUAAACUAAGCUGCCAAUGGCAGAAGACUGGUCAGUUUGUUUUAGAGUCAAUGGUACGAAACCUGGCUUGGCAUCCCACAGGUGAUACUCUGUUAACUGGCUCUAGUAGCCUUCAGUUGUGGUCCAAUACUGAUGGGAAAGAUGAAAGUGAAGAAAAGGGAAAGCAGACAAAACCCACCAGACCAGACUCUAAUUCUACCUGGAGAUGCAUCUGGCAGAGCAAGACUGCCUCUCCAGUCAGUUUUAUAAAGUUCUCACCUGAUGGACAGUUCUUUGCUACUGCAGGACAGGAUGACUGUCUAGUGAAGGUUUGGUACAGCACAAACAAGUGGAAGUCAUGUGUUGCGGAGCUGUUUACUCCUCCAGACGCCAGUGUGAGUGAGCAGGGAGAGCUGAACUUUUCCUUCAUCUACUUGGCCCAUCCUCGCUCCGUUACGGGGUUCUCCUGGAGGAAGACUAGCAAGUACAUGCCACGAGGGGCAGUGUGUAACGUUCUGCUCACCUGCUGUAAGGACAGCGUCUGCCGGAUGUGGGCAGAGACGCUGUUGCCAGGUGACAGCCUCAUCUCCGGUUACCAUAGCAGCCAUCUUUUUGGCCCACAAGGGGAAACAGUCAACUCUGCUGCCUCCUCUUCAAAGCACACCUGCAAUGGAAAAUCAGCAGGAAUGUCUUCACAAGAAUUAAGUUUUCAGGAAUCAUGGCAUUCCUCGUCUUACCGGGAUAUUCCUCGGCCGUCUCUGACUGGCUGCCUGCCUCACGAUCAGAACCAACACCAUAACCACAGGAGGAGCAGCAACAGCGGGACGUCUCAUGCCAAUGCGCUCUGCCACUUCCAUAUCGCAGCCAGCAUUAACCCAGCCACAGACAUUCCUCUACUGCCAUCCAUCUCUGCUCUGAGUGCGGUGGACGACGAGGAACCCGGCGGUCUGUUUACCGUCCACUGGCUCAACAACAAAGAGCUUCACUUCACUUUAGCCAUGGAAGUCUUCCUGCAGCAACUUGGAGGAAGUUUGGAACAGAGGAACGAAUCCUCUAAUGAAGAGCUUGAUGAUGAAGAAAACUCUGACGAAGAAGAGAACAGACCAAGUGACCCCCAAUGCCCUGAAGGUGGGGAGCUUCCUGUAGCAGCUGUGGAGCAUCAGGUGGACGUUUUGUUAGAGGAGUGGAAUAAAGGGGCCGACAUGCUGUUCAGUAUUCACCCGCUGGACGGCUCUUUGUUGGUCUGGCAUGUCGACUUUUUAGAUGAAUACCAGCCAGGCAUGUUCAGGCAAACUCAGGUGUCGUUUGUGUCUCGCAUCCCAGUAGCAUUCCCUACAGGCGAUGCAAUCUCCCUGAGCCACAGUGUGGUCAUGUAUGCCUGCAACAAGAAUGUGGAUCUGGCUAUUCAACAUGUCAGACAGCGCCCCCCCGGGAGCUCCUUGUCUCAAACCAAAUCUGCUCUGAUAAGCUACGGGAGUCUUGGGAAAGCUGCUCCCAGCAGUAGCCUCAGACUGAGCAUUUUCACCCCUAAUGUCCUCAUGAUCUCCAAGCACGACGACGGCUCUCUGAAUCAGUGGGCAGUCAGUUUUGCAGAGGACUCUGCUUUCUCCACUGUGCUCAGCGUCUCUCACAAAUCACGCUACUGUGGUCACCGUUUCCACCUCAAUGACUUGGCCUGUCAUUCGCUGCUUCCUCUCCUCCUCACCACCUCGCACCACAACGCCUUGAGGACGCCAGAGGCAGACAGCAUCCUGGCUCUUGCGGAGGCUUACUCGACUGGUGUCCCGUCUUUCUCUCAUGGGUCACGACCCUCCCGUGUGUCCCUUGGAGGGGUUUCCCAAGAUCCCAAUGCCAUCUACAGCGAGCUGAUUCUGUGGAGGGUGGACCCGGUCGGGCCGUUGUCUCUAUCAGGCGGAGUCUCAGAGUUGGCCAGGAUCAAUUCCCUCCAUGCGUCAGCAUUUGCUAAUGUAGCCUGGCUUCCCACCCUCAUUCCCAGCAGCUGCUUAGGUAUGUACUGUAACUCCCCCAGUGCUUGCUUUGUGGCGAGUGAUGGCCAGUCACUCAGGCUAUAUCAGGCUGUUAUUGAGGCGAAGAAACUCCUGAGUGAACUCUCCAACCCUGAGAUUUCUAAAUAUGUUGGGGAGGUGUUUAACAUCAUCAGCCAGCAGUCCACAGCAAAACCAGGCUGCAUCAUUGAGCUGGAUGCCAUUACAGACUUUCAGGGGAAGGAGACCCAGCUCCUGCAUGUCUUUGAGGAAGAUCUGAUCCUCGGCAGUAUGAAAACAGAAGACACGCAAGAUACUCCCCAGUCUCCAUCUACUGCAGCCUGCAGUAAGCCAGCCUUCUCAGGACAUUUUUUUCUGGUGGUGGUGGAACUGACUCCUACUGGUCGCUCCUUGCUCCACAUGUGGCAUCUGCAUCUGGUAGCUUGUCCUGUCACAAUAGAGGAAGCUACAAUUCAAAAAGAAAUCAAUGCAGUUUCUCCUAUAACUGGCUCUCAGUUCAUCUUCGACAUCCCCAGCUCUCCAGUACAGAAGAGUAAACCCUGCACUUCCAAUUUACAGAGCGCAUGUCGUCUCAGCCUGACAACGCACAUGCUGUGCAGCCAAGAAAUGGCGCUACCGCAAGGGGUGGAAGUCAUUAGCGUUACUCCUUCAGCAGGUCAUCUGAGUGCAUCAUGUUCUCUGCCGUCGGGUCGUGUGCCUUAUCUCCUUGCUACUUCCUGUUCUGAUGAAAAGGUGCGCUUCUGGAGGUGUACUGCUUUGAAAACGGACCCGUCCAGUGUACACAGCUUGGCAUAUCAGUGGGAAGAGUGGCCCCUGGUGGUGGAGGAGACUCAUCCGAACAGCAGCACCGUGAGCGUGCCUGGUCGGCCCAUCAAGGUCAGCUGUUGUCACUCUGGACGGAUUGCUGUUGCCUACAGGCAGACGACGAACCCACCACUGAACUCAACACCUCAUCUGAACACUCACAGACUGCUGCAAUCCCCGCCUGCCCUGGCAUCCUCCCCCUUCUGCAGCAACACUCACAUGACCUCGACCCUUACUCUACAGCCUUGUCAAAGUCUCGCGUUAAGCCCCAACUCAGCCAACAUGAAGGAACCAGCAGUCCAUAUCAGCACUUUUCAGUGUGAGUCCACUGGCGGUUCACAGUGGAUACUGGAGCAAACUAUAGCCCUGGAAAGCACAGAUCCCACAACUUUUUCUUCCACCAGCAAUGGACCUGCCAAUAUUCCAAAUAACACAGACUUCUCUACACUAAACGGAAACUGUCCUGGUUCUGCUAAUAGAAGCCAGGUUCACUUGGACUGGGUUUCCCAAGAGGACGGGUCACACGUAUUGACUGUUGGCAUUGGGACAAAGAUUUAUAUGUAUGGCCGUCUCUCUGGGAAGCCUCCAGACUUAGGCCUGUCUUCUGAAACAAAUAGAGACCAAAGUCUGUCUCGUCUGGUUCUCCUUCGGUCCGUUAAUCUGGUUUCCUCUGUUGAAGGUUCGUUACCUAUCCCAGUCUCACUGUCCUGGGUUCGAGAUGGGAUCUUGGUGGUGGGCAUGGACUGUGAGAUGCAUGUUUAUUCCCAGUGGCAACCACCAGUUCCUCCCAAACCCAGCGUUACGGUCGUCCAAGACGCAGAUAUCAGCAGCAGCGUCUCCUCUAUCGUCUCAGCUGUCAGACAGUGCCAAGAGGACGUUUUCACCACUGGUGCUCCCACAGCUUUUUUGACCCUACCCAAACGAUCCCUAACAAGAUCAAUGAUGAGCCUGGCGCAGAAACUUAGUGGGAAGAAAACCGUUUAUGACCUUCCUGUAGAGUUGGAAGACUCCGGACUCUUUGAAGCGGCUCACCAACUUUCUCCUACUCUGCCUCAAUACCAUCCUGUUCAGUUACUGGAGCUUUUGGAUCUGGGGAAGGUUAACCGUGCCAAAGCAAUCCUCUCUCACUUGGUAAAAUGCAUUGCUGGGGAAAUUGUGAUACUUAAGGACAAUGCCACCCAUCCAGAGAAACGCGUGCGCUCUCGGACUAUCAGUGUGGGAGGCAGCACAGCCAGGGACCAAAAGAUAUUCAACAAGUCAGAAAGCUCCAGCCCUGACUACACCGAGAUAAGCUCUGUCCCUCCCCUGCCUCUGUACGCUCUGCUGGCAGCUGAUGAGGAUGCACCACAUCUUGAGAAAGGAGGCAGUAUGAGCGGUGAUAGCGGACAUGGCUCCAGUCAGACUGAUGCCUAUGAUGAGCUCUUUCAUACACACAACACUCUCGAUCUCAAUCCUCUGGACAACGAACAGGAAGAACCUGGGAAUAAGGUUAUAGAUCUUUCCCAGUACAGUCCUACAUACUUUGGGCCAGAGCAUGCUCAGGUUCUGUCCAGCCACCUCCUCCACUCCAGUUUGCCUGGAUUAACCCGAAUGGAGCAGAUGUCCCUCAUGGCGUUGGCUGACACCAUCGCCACGACAAGCACAGACCUCAAGGAUAACCAGGAUAAGAGCAAAGGUGGAGAAACACUGGAUGAGUGUGGGUUGAAGUUCUUACUGGCUGUCAGACUCCAUACCUUCCUUCUAACAUCCCUGCCUCCUGUCCAUCGAGCCCAGCUGCUACGGCAAGGCCUUUCAACCUGUCAGUAUGCCUGGGCCUUCCACUCUGAAGCGGAGGAGGAGCUCUUGAACAUGCUGCCCGCCCUGCAGAAGGGAGAGCCUACCUGGGCUGAGCUCCGAGCCAUGGGUGUGGGCUGGUGGCUGCGCAGCACCAACAAGCUGCGCAGGUGUAUAGAGAAGGUUGCUAAGGCUUCGUUUCAGAGAAACAAUGAUCCUCUGGAUGCUGCUAUAUUUUACCUCGCAAUGAAAAAAAAGGCAGUGGUUUGGGGACUGUACAGGUCUCAGAAGAAUACAAAAAUGACAGAGUUUUUCCACAACAACUUCAGCGAGGACAGGUGGAGGAAAGCUGCAUUGAAGAACGCCUUCUCUCUGUUGGGAAAGCAGCGGUUCCAGCAUUCUGCCGCCUUCUUUCUGCUGGCUGGUUCCCUUAAAGAUGCUGUGGAGGUGUGUUUAGAGAAAAUGCAGGACUUGCAGCUGGCCUUGGUGAUCUCUAGAUUGUAUGAAUCUGAGUUUGAGACAUCUUCUACUUAUAAAAAGAUCCUCCAGAGACAUGUUUUGGGUCAAGACAAACAGAUUCCAGUCCAUCCAGAUCCAUUCCUGCGAAGCAUAGCUUUCUGGGUCCUGGAAGAUUACAGCAAAGCAUUAGACACACUGAUUGAGCAGCCUACAAACUGCAAAAGCUCUGGACCCUCUCAGAGCAAAUGUGACAGUGGUUCCUCAACCAUGUCUGCAAGUAACCCUGAGGUUUUCAACUUUUACAUCUACCUCCGCACACACCCGCUGCUCCUUCGCCGCCAUUUCAGCUCUUCAGACAAAGCUAAAGUUGCUCUGACCACAGAAGUCCGCAGGGCCGACACCAUCAGCCUGGAUGAGAGGAGACUCUUCUUCACGACUGCAUACGCACACCUCCACACCGGAUGCCCCAUGUUAGCACUGGAAGUCCUUUCCAAAAUGCCCAAAGUUCACAAGCACUCCAAAGUUUCCCAACACGGAGUAAAAGACAUUCCGAAUGAACUGAGUGUCGGGAGCAGGAAUGGGCCGGCAUCGGAACCCGACUGGUCUCCGCCGGGUCUGAACGGCUACCAGUCGGAUGGAAACAGCAACAGCAGGUCCGAUUCGGUGUUGAGUUUUGAUUGGAGCCAGCCGUCGAUGACGCUACCAGCUGAGCAUCUGGAGCUGAAGUGGGACAGCGACAAAGAUGAAGAGGACGAAGACGAAGAGAACGUUCCGGAAAACAAUAUAAAAACAGACAACAGUGUGUUUCAGGACCGACAGGACUCCAUGUUGACUAUAGCAGAAACGGUAAAAAGCGAGGAAAAUGAAGACGGCGAUGACUUCAUUGCUCCAUCUGAAGACAUCUUUUUGGCCCAUCUUAAGUUCACCGCCUGCUUGAAGAUCAUGAGCAACGAGCUUCGGACUCUGUCGACGGGAUACGAACUGGAUGGAGGGAAGCUGCGGUACCAGCUCUGUCAGUGGUUGGAGAGAGAGGUUGUGGCUCACCAGCAUGUUUGCAGCUAUAAGCCUUCCUUACCAGAACUGUCCGUCUCGGGUGAUGGCCCUGUUUCUGGCCUGGUGGAGGAGGAACAGCUUGGCAGCCCCCACAAUGAAGGCCAGAAGAGCAGGAGGCUCUGGCUCCAGAGCAACCAGCCGUUACUGAGGAUGUUUCUGAGCUACUGCAGCUUGCACGGCUCCCAUGGUGGAGGACUGGCUUCUGUACGCAUGGAGCUCAUAUUACUGCUUCAAGAGUCUCAUCAGGAUGACUCCCUCAAGUCUGUGGUGGCAGUGGAUUCCCAGCCUACCUCUAUCCCGCUGCUCACGGCCUGUACGGUCAGUGUAAAGACGGUGGUGGCCAACCCCAUUGUCUAUCUGACCAAUCUGACCCACGACAUCCUGCAUACCAUCAAUGCACUCGACUCUCCUCCACAUCCGGAUGUCGUUAACAACGAGAUCUAUGUGAUGCAUACCUUGGCUGCUUCCUUGUCUGCAUGUAUUUAUCAAUGUCUUUGUGACGGACACAAAUACAGCCAUGUGAACCAUUUCACCGGGACUGUGUAUCAGAGUGUUUUACUGUCUCAGAAGCAGGCAGUGAAAACCGUCAGCUUGGGUGAGGCUGUUCAGCCAAAUACUUCUCCUGCUCAGUGGCCUGGUAUCCCCUCUCUUAUUCGCCUGCUGAGCUCUGCAGGUGAGGAGACCCAGCCAGGCCUCGCUGUGCUGCUCUGUGAGAUCUUGACAGCAGUCUUCCUGAGUCUGUUUGUUCACGGCAUGGCCACACACUCCAGCAACGAGCUGUUUCGCAUCGUGGCUCACCCACUCAACUGCAAGCUUUGGAUGACUGUGUUUGGAGGAGGCGCCCGUGUCCCUGUCAUGGAUAAAGCCAGCAGUCCAGCAAGAACUCCGCCUCCAACCUCCCCAAGUGGGUUGGACCGGAAACCACGACGAUUCAGGAUUCUGUCAUCCCGCAGUGGAUCCAGGGAAGAGUCUGGAAUCGACCGUGAAGGACCUUCCAGUCCUAAGAUCGUAGUGGAACAGGAAGCGACUUCCAUUUUUAAAGAGGAUUUUGUUCCUCCAGAUCUCAGUAUUUGGGAUUAUUUCAUUGCCAAGCCUGAGCUGCCACUGUCACAAAACAGAGUUGAGUAUGACUCAGAGGAGAGCCAGGACAGCCAGGAUGAAGAUGAUGAAGACCUUGAAUUUGAAGAUGUGUUUGAGCCCAACCUGCCAGCGAAAGAGCAUUCAAACCAUAAUUCAUACAGCUGGUGUUUGAUGCGCCUGGCCAUGGUACAACUGGUGUUGGUCAACCUCAAGUCUUUUUACCCGAUGGCAGGAUAUGAUUUGUUAGAUUUGCCUGUGGCCUCGCCUCUGUGUCACGCUGUGCUGAAGACGCUGCAGCGAUGGGAGCAGGUGCUGCAAAAGCGGCUGGAGCUGUUCGGCGGCCCUCCGCCCAAGUACAUCUCCACUCACCUUCACGAUGAGAUCCUAACUCCUGGCCCCGCCCUUCUCAGACACAAAGCCCUGUUUGAGCCAUCCAACACUCCCUUCAGAAAUAACCACCACUCAGUACUGCCGGUGAAGCGUUUAUGGCAGUACUUGGUGAAACAGGAAGAGGUGCAGGAGACUUUCAUUAGGAACAUCUUCACCAAGAAACCAGGCACAAAUCAGUCGGUUGAGGACCACACUGACAGUAUGAAAUAUUCAGAAGUGGAGGAGGCAGGAAACAGUCAGACUGAGUCAGAUCUGGGCUGCCCCGGAGGCAAAGCACGCAUCAUCCACAAGGAAUCUGACAUCAUUACAGCCUUUGCCAUCAACAAGGCAAACCGUAAUUGUUUAGUCAUGGCCUCCACACAUGACAUUCAGGAGCUGGAUGUGUCAUCCAUCUUGGCCACGCAGAUCUUGACUUGGAUCGAUGAAGAUGAAGUCGAAUCCAAAGGUGUUGGUGGUGAUGACUUCCUGGUGGUCCAUGCGCGUGAUGACUUUGGUUCGCUUCACGGCACCACUCCAUACACCCACAGCAGCCCCGGCACACCCAUCAAUGUGCCGUGGCUUGGAGGCCACCAGACCGGCAGAGGUGCAGCUGUGAUGAUAAAGAGAAAUAUCAACAACGUGAGAAGAAUGACCUCUCAUCCCACACUGCCAUACUACCUGACAGGAGCUCAAGACGGAAGCGUGAGGAUGUUUGAGUGGGGUCACUCUCAGCAGAUCAUCUGCUUCAGAAGUCCAGGCAACUCCAGAGUCACCAGGAUCCGAUUCAACCACCAAGGGAACAAGUUUGGUAUUGUAGAUGCAGAUGGAGGAUUAAGUCUCUGGCAAACCAACACCAGUGGGAGCACACUCAAACCGUACCUGACGUUGCAGUGCCACAACAAAACAGCUCAUGACUUUGUUUUUGUUGGCUGCUCUUCCCUCAUCGCCACCGCAGGUCUUUCAACAGACAACAGGAAUGUUUGUCUCUGGGACACACUCGUCACUCCUGCAAACAGCCUAGUUCAUGCUUUCUGCUGCCAUGAUUCCGGCGCCACCGUGCUUUCGAUGGCGCAGCGGCGGCAGCUUCUCCUCACCGGCGGGAGGAAAGGUUGGAUCACCAUCUUGGAGCUUCCACAUCGACACCAGCGGCAGAGUUUCCAGGCCCACGACUCGCCGGUUAAAGCGCUGGCUGUCGAUCCCACUGAGGACUGCUUCAUCAGCGGAUCCGCUGAGGGAAACAUUAAGGUGUGGAGUUUGGCUACGCAGGGCCUCCUCUACCACUUCCCCAACGAACACGCCCGCCAGUCGCUGUUCAGGAACCUGGGGACGGGGGUGAUGCAGAUCGAGGUGGGUCCGGCCAGCCACAUCUUCUCCUGCGGCGCCGACGGGACCAUGAAGAUGAGGACGCUCCCCAACCGCUUCGCCGCGGCGCAAAGCAGCAGCACCCCCAAGAGCGACGUCAAGUUCUUCAUCUAGACGGGAAAACAUGGCGGAUACGAACAACGCAGUAAAAUAACCUGCUGUGAAUUUCUUUUUUUUUUUUUUCUCUCUUCUGAAAUGUGAACCCAAAUCUUGUCUCCAAGGGCGACCAAGCACAGGAGCUUGUCACAAGUGUUUAAAACUGCACAGGGUACAGACGAGAGCACGCUCAGCCAACAGAACCGCCGGCUCCCCGUCCACUGAGGAGCUCGUUUUGCACAGAGAGGGAAGCCGGAGACGUCUCAUAUAAAUGACAGGUGACCCUCUGUGGGAAGGAUUGAUGUAACAGAAUCACAUCCGGUCAGAAAGCAGCGGGAUGUUCAGACGGAUCGUCGGAAGCGAGCAGAUGCCAAUUUUCCCGUCGCUGGUAUCGCGUGACUCUUUUCACUGGAGCUGCUCUCCAGCCGGAUUCGAUCAGUCGGAUGAAGUUAGAGAUGAACGCAGGCGGUCGCCUUUACAGGGAGAUGCUUCUUGCUUUCUGACAAAUGGGUUGGAUAAAACACUAACUGAGCAAUAAUGAAGGUCCAAACAGCUUUUAGCUCUGCUGUUUCCAGGCAGAAGCAGCCGAGCAAAGAUAAUCAGCAGAGAUUCAUCCAGUCAUCUGAUGUUCUGGUUAUUUUGAACUCUGCAGGACGCUUAGUUAUUUAGACCAGACAUAUUUCUGAAGAGCAGAACUAAAAUAAAUGGACAGGGAGAUAAUGACAAAAGUUACAAUAAAAAGUGAUUUAAAAAUUCAGUGCAGGCUCUUUUUUUUUUUUCCUUUUUUGCUAAUAAAUUUGUUAGCACUGAUAAUCAGAACCUAACCUUAGAAAUAAAGCUAUGAAAUCGACUCCUGUAGUUCACCAGUUACACCAAGUAGUGCGAUAUAUUGACGUUUAUUGGUCCUCUAAUGAAACCAGAAAUAGAAAACUAUAAUUACUUUUAUCUACCCAAUAACCAUAAACAAUAAUUGCCCAUUCUUAGUAACAAAACGUUACAAUUUAAUAUGAUCAUAGAUGGGAUUUGAACAUUUUUAUGACUUGUUUUCAAAAUAAAUGUAAGUGCUGAUAUGCAGUAGUUUACGAGCGUGAAUCGAGCGUCACGCCUCUCAUCCAUCUGUCAGAAAGCAAAUAUGUCUCUUAAAGGUGAACGCUUCCUCAUCUCUGCACCAGUUUCUCUCUGUAUUUGCACAUAAGAUAAAUGAAGCUAAUUAUAUGUAGUGUAAUGCAUAUGACUACAGUAGGCAGGCUGAAGGUGGUAAGGUAAUAAAAAUAACAGAUGCCAGGAUGUGUGUUUAUCCCAGCCUAAAUUUAACCAGUGGUGUUAUAAUCAACAUUAAGUGUCCUUAAUCCUCUGAAUCUCCUCCUGCCAAUCCGGCACAGUGCUUUGGUUAUAGUGUUGCACAAAGUAGCUUUAAUUUAUCAGAGCUUUCUCUUGUUGUUUGACUCCACAGAUUAUUCCCUGUGGCAGGAAACUUUGCUGUUGACAAUGGAAACGGGGAGAUGUAAGGCUCAAAUUGGAAGUUGUUUUAGUGGAAAAUCAUGUUUUAUUCCAAAAUUGGUGCAAUUUCCCCAUCAACCGAUGGAUGGGGCGUUACUUCAGUCAUCGCCUUUGUUUUGUCCAAACAGAGACAAAACCUUUUUCAGCAAAAUACCCAGAGAUGCACCGAUUUCAGGCCAAUUUAUUUUCCGAUUUUGACCAAUUCUGAUUUUUUUUCUCUCUCUCUCUCUCAGGACUAUUAAAUAUGAGGAAAAAUGUGCUGCAGGUUCUCUUGUUUUAAAUCAAAGAAAGUAACAUUUUUUUUCCCAAUUCGUGCAUCAGAACAUAUAUCAUCUAAUAUUUAUCAGAUUUUUAUUACACUCCAAAGAAAAGUCCAUCAGAGUUCAUGCUGAUUGAUGUGUUCAUAGACUGAGAAAGGGUGGGAGUUUCUAGUUUUGAUGCAUUUAUUGAAUUCCUGCAGCUUUUGCCCAACUGAUCAGUGCAGCUCUAGUGAUAUCUUGAUAUUAUUCUGAUUAAAACCCUUAAAACUUGUAUCAGACAUACCUGAUCUUAGGAAAACGUGUUUCAUGCAAUUCUGUACAUAUAUACAUACACAAGUUUAUUUUAAUCUCGACUAGUCGUAGACAAACGGUGGGUAACAAUAAAAGCCACUUUAUGAAGAUUAUUCUGUGUAGACGGGUAUAUUUAUGAAAUAUGUUCAUGUUUAGGAGUAUAAGCUGAUCAAACCGCAAAUUCAACUCGUAUUUUCCUUCCUUUUUUUUGUUUGUCUCUGCAAAUAUGCGUGUUUGGAAAAUGUUCUGCAGCAGCUUGGAGAGAACGGUCAGUUUUAUUGUAGCCAGCUGAGUGUAUUUUUGCAGAAACUGGACAAUAAACAGAUCUUUUUUUAAAAAAACAAAUCAUUGCUCAUUUCUUUAAAGUCCUGCAGUUUAACAGUGUUUUGUUUCAGGUUGCUGCUGCACAAAGACGAUCAAACAAACGUCGCUGGCCUGAAUUGAAUUGAAAUGAUUUGUUUCUUCUCUCUUCUUUUAAUCUUCCAAAUGUGAACUUGAUUAAAUAAGUCUAAUUUUCUAAUGUAAAUCAUUGAAUUAUAUACAGAAAUCUACUGAUGUAAUAAAGGAAAAAUGUGGAACCA